GUUGAGGGCAUGCUGUUGGAUUCGGUGUGAAGGUUUACCAGUGAGUUCAAAAGCGGGGCAGUCCCAGUCAAACCCGCCGAAAGGACAGAGGCUGUAAGGCGGCGGCGUGGUGGGGAAGGACUCCCGACCCUGUUUGUCCCACUCCACCGCUCCCAUCCCUCCCCCACCCCCAACCUCCUCCUCCUGGGUGCUGCCUUUAAAAGGGUUAACCCGGUGCCAGAUUGACAGGAGACUGUGGGAGACUUGUCAGAGAAUGGGAGGACUCAAGUCAAAUCCAGCAGCAUUUCAUUUCCUUUCCCCGUUCACUUCGAUCUUUGACCACUUCAUGAACUGUGUCUGUGUGCCCGUGUCUCUGUGAGUGUGUGUGUCUGUCUGUGUGUGCCUCGCCUUGAGUAGCACCCUCUUCCGUGUUGGGAAAUCAGUUGUCUCUCCCCCUCCUCCCCAAACCCCGGUGGGGUCCGGAUCAGCUCUCCUCGUUUCCGCAUCGGUUUGGAAUCCAAAGGGAUUUGCCACCAAAGGGACAGUGUAACGUUGUGGAGCCGCAGGGUGACAGACUCUCUCUCCCUCUGCCUCUCUCUCUCUCUCUCACACUCUCUCCCUCCCUCUCUCUGUCCAUCCCUGAGAGGCUGGCACUGCCCAGGGCUCCCUGCCCUCUCUCUGUCUGGGGAUGUACCAGGGUUUGGCGAACCCACCGCCUUACACGGCGCACCCGGACCCGGUAGGGAGCUUCCUGCACUCGGCCAGUUCAGCGGUUUAUGUGCCGAGCUCCCGGCUGAGCGGGGCUUUCCCAUACCCCCAGCAGGCCAGCCCGCUGUCCCCACACCCAGCCUGGGCUCAGGCACCAGCGGCGGCGGGCAGCGGAGGGCCGGAGACCCCGUGUAGCCGCCACUCCUCCUCCUCCUCCUCCUCGUCCUCUUCCUCCUCAUCCAGCCCUCCCGGAGUCUCUCCCCGGGAGACCGCCUUCAGCAGCCCGCUCGCCAUCUCCUCCGCCGCUGCUGCCGCCGCUGCCGCCGCCGCUGCCGUCCGGGACCAGGUCAGCAUCAGCUGGACCCUCAGCGGCUCCUUCCCCAACCACUACCCGCAGUACAUGAGCUCGGAGGCGGCCAGUGCCUGGAGCCCGGCUCCACUGGAGAACCCUGCCUUCAGCUUGAUCCCAGCUCGCAGGCACGGCGAAGAAUUGCUUGAUGAUGUCCUUGAGGGCCGAGAAUGCGUGAAUUGUGGUGCUAUGUCCACGCCUCUGUGGCGGAGAGAUGGAACUGGUCACUAUCUGUGCAAUGCAUGUGGACUCUAUAACAGAAUUAAUGGGAUUAAUCGACCCCUUAUCAAACCUCUGAAACGGCUGUCUGCAUCUCGGAGAGAAGGACUCUCCUGCUCUAACUGUCACACCACUACUACCACCCUGUGGCGUCGUAAUGCUGAGGGGGAACCUGUCUGCAAUGCCUGUGGACUGUACAUGAAGCUCCAUGGGAUACCACGACCUUUAGCAAUGAAGAAAGAGGGAAUUCAGACCAGGAAACGCAAACCAAAGAAUGUGAACAAAGACUCCCCUUCUGCAGUACCCUUCUCAAGUGUGCCAUCCACCCCUAGUAGCACUGCUGCUGGAGCUUUAGAACUUAUCACACCAAAGACUGAACCAGGUCUUUACUCAUCUGCGUGCAGAAUUCAGAAGGUCAGCUCACAGGACACUUCAGUGACAGGUGACAAUAGCCUUCGCUUCAGUAUUCCAUCUCUAAAACUGACAAACCCAGGUGAAGCAGCCACGAGUAGAGAUUCCAAGGGAGGCAAACCUUAUCCCUGGGGCAACAUGGACCUAGUCUGACACUAAAGUGACCUCCAAAACAAUUCUCCAGAAGCUACACAGAUGGAGUAUGCAACUGAGAUUCAGUUUAUCAGAAUGAAAACUGGAAAUGAUAAAAAGAAGAUAAGAGAAUGCCAAGAAAAAAAAAUCAAAUGGAGUGCUGGAUCAUAUUGUGUUAUAAUUUUUAAAAAUUGAGUAUGCAAAAAUUAUGUCUUAAUGCCAAGGCUAAGCACCACUUAAAUUCACUCUCUAGGUGACCUUGGUGCAAUUCUGAUCCAACAUUGUUAGUAAUUAAGUGCCUUUUUCUUGGACCAUCACUUGCUUUAUGCCUCUGGCUUUCCACUUGAUAAUGGAUAUUUUGGCGUGUACUUCCUGGACAGUUGCAGCUAUGGGACAGUUUGAACAGACCUUGCCUUGGGUAAAAAUACAACAGCAUUCAUAGAGAAAUUAUUUUUUCGUAGUGUAAGUAGUUCUAGUUCUAUAUUGAUGGCUCAGACUAAUAAUAAAGGCAACUUAUUAAAUUCAAA